CAAAUUGUUUCUGUGAUUUAAAAGUGAAAAAAGCUACUCAAAAACUUAAAAAUGCCAUCAAAAAAUUAUAAAACAAUUUUAAAAUCAUAAAUAAAUAACACACAAUAAAAAUAAAUCCAAACCUAAUGAAUAAGUGCAUAAAAUCGUGAUUAAAACUUAAAACAAUUUUCAAAAGAACCAAAAAAAGUCACUAAAAAAUAAAAUUAAGUGCAGAAAAUACGAAACCAAAACUAAAAAUUCAUGACAAAGAUGAGCUCAUUUCUAAUGAGUUAUCCUCACGUUCAAGGCUCAAUGGGUGGAACGGGAGCGGCUUAUGAGCCAAAAUUCCCACCAAGUGAACCAGACUUCCAUCAUCUGCAUCAUCAUCAUAGUGGAUAUGGUGCAAUGAAUGGAUUAGCAGCAAAUCACGUGGAUUAUUCUUAUCAUAAUAGCUAUAAUUAUGGAAAUUAUGCACCCACGCCUACGACACAUUCAUUUUAUCAUCACCAUCAUCAUCCGCCUUAUGGUUCACCCCAAAUGCAUCCUGCAAAUGCCGCAUCCCCAAAUUUAGUACCCCAAACCACGAAUUCUUAUGUAACAAAUGUAAUAAAUAAUAAUAGUAAUAGUAGUAAUAAUAAUGGUGGCAUUGGUAAUAGAAGUAGUAAUAUAGUUCAAGCUCCAGCCGUGUCAAAUACGGGCACAAAUGCAAUUCCAGUUCAAUCUGUAGUGAAUGGUUUAAAUGUUAGUGAAAAUUCACCAAAUGUCGAUAGUAAUAUGGGAUAUUAUAAUAAUUAUUAUACAAAUACAAAUGGGCAUCAUAAUCCACAGGAUUUGCCUUUACAAUGUCCGAGUUCGGCAGAGCCACCUACCAAUACAGCUUUAGGAUUACAAGAAUUAGGAAUGAAAUUAGACAAACGAAUAGAAGAAGCAGUUCCUGCUGGUCAACAACUUCAAGAAUUAGGAAUGCGAUUGAGAUGUCUAGAUGACGGCAAUUCAGAUCAAGAAGACAUGCUCGAUGAUGACGAUCGAUUAUUACUAGAUCGAUCGCCGGACGAAUUAGGCUCACAAGACAACGACCUAGACGAUGAAAUUGAUUCCGAUGAUGAUUUAGAUGGAACGACGACAAGCGAUGGUGAACGCAUUAUUUAUCCGUGGAUGAAGAAGAUUCAUGUUGCAGGAAUUGGUAAGCACAAAAAUUUAUUUUUUGACGCCAUUUUGCAAUAAUUUUUUUUCCUCUCAUGCUGUUCCUUUCCUUCUCUGUGAAAAAAAUAAAUAUAUUUUCUGUAUAUAAAAAAAUAUCAACAUCAUCGUCAUCCUCCUUUCUCUGCUAUAUACUUGCACAUUUUAUAACAAAAGGCUGAAAAAAUAUCGAUUUCUUGUGUAUAUAAUAUGGAUAUACCCUCGAAAGCAGCCGUUCGACUACAAAAGAAGAAAUUUUAAGGAUAUAGUCUUCAUGAUUGUAAGGGUUUGGGUCUAAAGCGCAUUUAUGUUUACUAUCUAGCAUAACUGGACAUAAGCCACAGCAUGUUAUACUCUGAGCUCUUAAAACAUUGCAAUUUAGCUGUCACAAGACAUAGACUUAGUCAUGAGAUUAAGAAACAUGAGCUAGGGCAUGGAAACAGAAGGACAGUGAGUCUUAGAGACAGGGGGAAAUAGGAACAGUGGGAUUGAGGGACGAAGC